AUGUAUGCAUAUGCUAAUUGUACUCAAUGUAAGAACACAAACUUACCUGGAGCUGCAGCCAUUGUUGAAGAAUACAAGUUGAACUUAGAGCUGAUGCACUUGGUUGUCCACAAAACCUUACAGCUCCUUGACUCAUUGUCAUUCAACGCUUCAAUCUUCGGUGGUUUCUACAACAACACAAUUGGCACUGGCCGUGACAGAGUCUAUGGACAAACACUUUGUAGAGGGGAUGUGAGCUCCACAGCUUGUCAGAAAUGUGUGAGUGAUGCAAGCCAGGAAAUCUUCAACAGUUGCAAAUCUAGAGAUGCAUUGAUCUGGUAUGAACUAUGUCAAGUUCGCUAUUCCUACCAGAUGUUCUUUUCAUCGAUGACUUAUACUGGGAAGUACCCGGACCAGAAUAAUCAGCAGAAGAAUGUAUCAGAUGCACAUUAUUUUGGUGAUGUUUUGAGGUAUUUAAUGAAUAACCUCUCCGGAGAGUCUCUGUUUACUCCUCCAAAGAAAAUGUUUGCAACUGGUGAAAUUGAGCUUUCGGGAAAUAGAAUUAUUUAUGGUCUGGAACAGUGCACCAGAGACAUCUCUGAAAGAGACUGCAAUGACUGUCUGGUUUUUGCUUUAGAGGAUCUUUCAUCAUGCUGCUCCUCUCAUCAGGGCGGAACUGUAGUCAGUAGAAAUUGUAAUGUGAGGUUUGAGAUCGACCAGUUUUUUAAUGAUACUUCAAGCAGUCUGUUAAUUUAUCCAUAUUCAAAAGCAGGGGAUGACAGGAAGACUUGGAAGGUGGUGGUUACAUGUGCAUCCGCUAUACUAUUUGCAGUUCUAGUUGUACUUUGUGCAGUUCAUUUUCGACGGCAAAAGAGAUUGAAAAAUGUCAAUGAUGAAGAGAUAAGCGAGCAGGUUCUAUUAAAUGAUCUGGCAAGUCCCACUGAAGUAACAAUUACAGAACAAGGCGUAUUGGUGACUGAGGAACUGCCAUUUGUUGAUGUAGCAACUAUAAAGAUAGCCACAGAUGACUUUUCAGAUUCCAACAAGCUUGGACAAGGUGGGUUUGGUACUGUUUACAAGGGUGUGCAACCAGAUGGGAGAGAAGUAGCUGUUAAAAGAUUGUCAAGGAAGUCAUGGCAAGGCUUAGAGGAGUUUAAAAAUGAAGUCAUACUCAUCGCAAAGCUUCAACACAGAAACCUAGUGCGGCUCUUGGCAUGUGGCUUUGAAGGAGAGGAGAAGCUGCUUUUGUAUGAGUACAUGCCAAAUAAAAGCCUUGAUACUUUUAUCUUUGAUUCGCAAAGGCGUGCUGAACUUAGUUGGGAAACAUAUCACAACAUCAUUAAAGGAAUCGCCAGAGGACUUCUGUAUCUUCAUGAAGACUCCCGGCUCAGAAUCAUUCACAGGGAUUUAAAGCCCAGCAAUGUACUUUUGGACCAUGAAAUGGUGGCCAAAAUUUCAGAUUUUGGCAUGGCAAGGAUAUUUUGUGAAAAUCAGAACACAGCUAAUACUAAAAGAGUUGUAGGAACAUAUGGCUACAUGGCUCCGGAGUAUGCAAUGGAGGGUCUAUUUUCUGUAAAAUCUGAUGUUUUCAGCUUUGGAGUAAUCAUGCUUGAGAUUAUUAGUGGGAAAAAAAAUAGUGGAUUCUACCUCACUGAACAUGCCAAGACGCUGGUUGCAUAUGCAUGGAACCUAUGGAAGGAUGGAAAAGAAGUUGAAUUUAUCGAGCCUUGCUUGAUGGAAUCAUCCCCAACAAAAGAGAUUUUGAGAUGCAUGCACAUCGGGCUUUUGUGUGUCCAGGAAGACCCUGAAGAAAGACCGACAAUGUCAGAUGUGGUUGUGUUGCUGGGAAGUGAUUCAAUUGAGCUUCCUGAGCCAAAGAAACCAGCAAUAUUUGCAGCAAGUAGAAUUGCUCCGAUUGACGAGUCUACUUCUAGUCCUACUCCGAACGGCCUCACUCUUUCCAUCAUUUUGCCAAGGCUUAGGUUACUUGUUAAACAAGAACUAGUUCUCUACAUGAUGAUUAUUUGUACUGCAAAAAUUGCAAGACAAAACAUGGUUCAUAUCCUAAGUGCCAUGAAAACCAUUCCGGUGCUUUUGCUUUGUUGUUUCAUGACUCUCCUUUUUGAGCUUGCUUGUGCUGCACCACCUUAUGAUGUCCCUCCUUAUAAUAUAUGCUCAGUUGUUACUAAUGACUAUGCAGGCGAUAGUACGUUUCAAGGAAACCUUGAGAGUUUACUCAACUUAUCAUCUUCCAAAGCUUCUGUUUCCAGGUGGUAUAAUGGUUCGAUUGGAAAUGAGCCAGAUAGAGUUUACGCUCUCUAUAUGUGCCUCCACUUUGUUUCAAACGAUACAUGUCACACGUGCAUAGACGCAGCACAAUCACACAUUAUGAAUCUCUGUCCUAAGUCAAAAGAAGCAAUUGUAUGGGAGGAAUGGUGCCAGCUGCGCUACUCCAAUGAGAAUUUCUUUGGCAGAUUAAAUGUAUCGGACAACAACGUUCUUCAAGUCAAUCCACAGAAUAUUUCAGAGCAGCCAGAAAAGUUUAUGUCUGUUGUGAAUCAAAAGCUGGGUGAACUCGCUAAGAAAGCGGCUUAUAAUGAUUCUUUCCCUAAGAUGUAUGCUACUGGAGAAGUGAACUUUGGAGACAAAGUGAUAUAUGCUCUUGUGCAGUGUACUACCGAUUUAUCUGAAGGUGACUGUGACAAAUGCCUUCAGACAGCCACAGAAGACGUUUUAAGAGAAUAUUUCUUCGCCAUGGGUGCAAGACUUUUCAGUCGUAGUUGUUUUCUGAGGUAUGAGUUAUACCCAUUCUACAAUUAUCCAACACAAGCUUCCUACAAUUAUCCAACACAAGCUUCUAAGGGUGGAAGGAAGGUUUGGUUGAUAAUAAUCCUGGUGAGCCUAUCAGCAUGCCUGGCGGUAGUACUUUUUGGUUUCUAUAUCUUUCUUGCAAUGAAAAGGAGAAAUAGAAAAGACAAUAGUGUAAUUUUAGGUUUACCUACACUAGUCCAUGAAAACCAAUUUAUAGGAAGGAACAACCUUAAAGCUCAGGAAUACCCCAAUAUCAGCUUUGCAUCUAUACGAGCAGCUACUUCCAACUUCUCUGAGUCGAAUAAACUUGGGGAAGGUGGUUUUGGUCCUGUUUACAAGGGUAUCAUGAGUGAUGGAAAGGAAGUGGCGAUAAAGAGGCUUUCAUGCUGUUCCGAGCAAGGUUCAGAGGAAUUCACAACUGAGGUUCAACUGAUAAUGAAUCUUCAACAUAAAAAUCUUGUCAGGCUUUUGGGUUAUUGUGUAGAUGGAGAGGAAAAGCUUCUUGUAUAUGAAUACAUGCCAAAUAGCAGCCUAGAUGUCAUUCUUUUUGAUUCAAUGAAACGGGCACAACUUGAUUGGACCGGACGUAUAAACAUUAUUACUGGAAUUGCAAGGGGAAUUCUCUAUUUGCACGAGGACUCUCGACUUAGAAUCAUCCACAGAGACUUGAAAGCUAGCAAUGUAUUACUGGACAAUGAGAUGGACCCAAAGAUCUCAGAUUUUGGCAUGGCCAGGAUCUUUGCAGGAAGUGAAGGACAAGCUAAUACUGCCAUAAUAGUUGGGACUUAUGGAUACAUGGCUCCUGAAUAUGCAAUGGAGGGAUUAUAUUCUUUCAAGUCUGAUGUUUUUAGCUUUGGAGUACUCCUUCUUGAGAUAAUAACUGGGAGAAAGAACGCCAAGCGUGCUAGCCUCCCAUCAUAUGCAUGGAAAUUAUGGUAUGAAGGAAAAGGACUGGAGCUAAUCGAUCCUUUUCUGGUUGGUUACUGUGAUUCAGAUGAGUUUUUAAGAUAUCUCCAUAUUGGAUUGUUGUGUGUUCAAGAAGAUGCAUAUGACAGGCCAACCAUGUCUUCUGCCAUUUUGAUGUUGAAAAGUGAAACUGUAAAUCUUAGCCAACCUGGAAAACCUGCCUUCUCCAUUGGAACAUUCAGUGAUGUCCAUAAUAUGGCUGGUGCUGUUAGUAGCUCUUAUAAUGGACUAACAAUUUCCAACAUAGCGCCACGGUAGCAGAGCUGAUGUUCAUGGUGGCAUUGAAAUUGCCAUCUAAUUGAUGUUCUGUCCUCCCAGGCACAAAAUACCUGCCUUCUGUAAAUUAGUCACAAAGUCUAAUCUCUAACUGAUAUGAGUUCCCAAUUUGGAAUUGCAAUUGAAAUAUAUGUCUAUAUAUGUAUUCUCUUUUGCCUCUUAGAGUUUCAAA